AUGGGAUCAGGUGAAUGGUUCCUUCAAAAAAGAGAUAGUUUCAGGAACGAUUCGUUUUCAGGCACCGAGAAUGUGCCCGAAAUCGGGUGCCUCUCGAUUAUCGUUCUUGGUGCCUCUGGUGAUCUUGCCAAGAAGACUUUCCCUGCUCCAGGGAUUUCUACUGCCGGACGAGGUGCAUGUUUUCGGCUAUGCAAGGCAGGAUAUCUUGUGACUGAAAGGAGUUCGUUGCCGUCGGAAGAUGUAUCGAAGUUCUUACAGCUGAUUAAAUACGUAAGCGGGACGUAUGCUGCUGCUGAGGGCUUUCAAUUGUUAGACAAGGAGAUCAUGAAACAUGAAAUCUCGAAAAGUUGCCAAAAAGGGUCAUCUCGGAUACUCUUUUAUCUUGCACUUCCACCGUCUGUAUAUCCGUCUCGGUCAGUCUCUCUCGAGGGCCUAGUCGCUGCUCUGGUGAAGUCCAGCUAUGGAGGGCACCAAGGACGAUCAAGUGGGGGAACGGUGGAAAAUAAGAAUUAUCAGAAACCAUUCAACAAAGAUUUAGGCUCCGCAGAUGAAUUGAGUUCUCAGAUUGGUGAGUUGUUUAACGAACCACAAAUUUACCACAUCGAUCACUACUUGGGAAAGGAAUUGGUCCAGAACCUGUUGGUGCUUCGUCUUGCUAAUCGCUUUUUCUUGCCCCUUUGGAAUCGUGGCAACAUUGAUAAUGUACAGAUUGUAUUCAGAGAGGAUUUCGGAACCGAAGGUCGUGGUGGAUAUUUUGAUGAAUAUGGCAUUAUCCGCGAUAUUAUCCAAAAUCACCUGUUACAGGUUCUUUGUCUUGUUGCCAUGGAGAAGCCUGUCUCUCUCAAACCUGAGCACAUUCGAAUGAAAAAGUGAAGGUUCUUCAAUCGGUACUUCCAAUUAAAGAUGAAGAGGUUGUACUCGGACAGUAUGAAGGUUACAGAUAUGAUCCGACAAAUCCCGAUCACUCGAAUACUCCAACGUUUGCAACUGUUAUUCUGCAUAUACAUAAUGAAAGAUGGGAAGGUGUCCCAUUUAUACCAAAGGCCGGGAAAGCAUUGAA